AUGAUUCUCGCCAUACCGAGAGACCUGCUAGGCUGGGGUGAUCAGGAUGGUGGCUCUGUGGCAAUUAUCCUAACCUCUCUCAAUAGAGCAUGCCUGGUGGAAACGAUUCUUUAUGGCAAGCAUUUCGAUUCUCCGAUCUGUAUUGCAGACUUUCUUUUGCUGUACCGAUGUUUCAUGAUCUGGGGACGGCAGCCAUACGUCGCUAUCGCUUCUUCGAUACUGCUGAUUGCUGAUACAGUCUGGGGGUGGAUUGGAGCAGGGUCACCAGUCUUUUCCCUUGCAGCAAGAUUUGCUCCGGUAUAUUACUGGACCGUUUUCGCAACAAACAUCAUCAUGACUGCAGCAACAGCCGGGAGGAUAUAUUACAUGGCAAACAUUGCCGCUCCUCUCAAAUUUGCUCGGAGUGGUGGUCGGAGGUAUCACACCGCCAUUGGGAUAUUAGUCGAAUCCGGGGCGGUGUACUCUUUUUCCUUGUUGGCCCUUAUCCUCUCGUUUGGGAACCCUAAUCUUCGGAUUCUGUUUGCUGGAAUCACGAUACGCUUGGUGGCAAUCAUGCCCACUCUCAUGAUUGUCCAAGUAAAAUUGGGCCGCAGCAUUCCGAAAUGCGACGCCGAGAUCUCAAUGGGCCCCGCAACGAGCAGACUCACCGUUGUCGGCCGGGGCACAGUCGGUACGGUGGUGAAUAUUCAUCAAGCCUCGCGUUCUCGGCAUUCUUUCGACUCGGACGUGCAGCCGCGGGGGCCUGGCAUCAUGAUCACCCACACGACCCACAAGCACACCGACUCCUUGCCAGACAAAGACCCUGAAAGUCAGCCAGAGGCGGACAUCACCCAGCAGAAGGACCAUGGCACGGAAUGA